AUGUCAAAUUUUGGUAUUGCAUUUCAUAAUCUAUUACAAUCAAUUCGUUAUCCAGGAAUAAAUCAAUAUGAACCAUAUAAUUUCGAUUGGUUUGUUUAUCAGCCUGGUCUUGAACCAUUUCUAACUUGGAUUGUUGAGAAUUUAUCCGAUGAAAAUAUUUUAACGGAAGAUGAAUUAACUAGAUAUGCUUUAAUAAGUAAUGAUGUAAUUGAGCAGAAUGAUGAACGACAAAAACUUCUCGAUAUUCUUAUAUCACUUGACAAUGGAAAAAUGGUACUGCCAUGGCCAAAUCAUCAACGAAAUCUAACUGAACAAUAUUCAUGCAUCAAAGCUCAAACUCAAGCGUUAAAAUGUCAAUUGAAUUGGAAACAACAGCAAUAUAAGACUUUGCUAAUGAAAGGACCCAAAGCCAAAGAAAAAAUUCGUGAAACACGUCGACAAAUAGAACAAUUAUUACAGCUUUCGUCACCCCAAAAUCUGCUUCAAACACCAAUAAAUGCAAAUAAUUUUCAACAAUCUGGAAUGAAUUUUAUACAAAUGGAAAGAAAUUAUCUGUCUGUUCUUCAGAAUAUUUGGACUGAUGAAAGUAUAUCGGAACAAAAUCCAAGCAUGGAUCUUAUUGCACAAUUAAAUAAUCGAACUGUUAAACUUGUUCGAUUAGAAGUCGAAUCAGCUUUGGCAAGUGUUGAAUUCGAUACACUUAAAUCUCAAUUACAAUUAUGUGUUCAAUUAAAAAAAUAUUUUGAUUCAACACCAAUUGAUGACUUGAAAAAACUAGCUGAUCGUCUUGGCUCAAAAUCCGCUGUUCAUCAACAGCAACGCAAUCAAUAUGAAACUCAAUUAUCUAAUGUAUAUUUAUCGCGUCACGAACAUUUACUUGAAACUAUAUAUUUAAAUAUUCUGGAAAAACAAUUCACAAAUGAUAAUCGUCUUGCUUUGAAACAACAAAUUAUACUUGAUAGUCUCAAUCAACAUUUGCAUUUUUCUAAAUUAGUGGAUGGUUUACUUGAACAUAGACUAUCACUCAUCGAUCAAAUAACAGAUCAAAUGAAUAAAAUAAUAAAUUAUAUUAAAAUGAUUGUUGAAAAUUCCAAAUCAUCAGUUUCUACAACGGAUGUAAAACAAACAAAACAAAAUUUAAAGAUUGAUUUAAAUAUUAAAAAUUUAAUUGAAAGAGUUAAACAAAUUGAAAAUGAUUUUUCGAAAAAUAAUUUAACUGUCAAUUCGUUUCUUGAUUACAUUAAUCGACAGACUGAAGAUUUUCGACCCAAAGGAAAUAAUUUAUCAAUGGAACUUGAUAAUCUUCUUCAAAGUAGAACAAAUGAAUGGAAAAGUCUUAUUACAACCAAUAAACACUAG